AAUAAGGGUACGCUGCCUGACCUUAGAAGCAAUGCGAUUAACAUCUUUGGAAGGAAGCUUCAACCUCAACCACCACCAAGAGGGUACAACGACUGGUUCUUUCCCAUAUUUCCUUUGUCAAUCAAUUCCUAAGCCCCUCCACCUCUCCAUUUUCUAUUCUACACGACUUCCUCAGAGAACCACGAGCCCGCCAUGCAAAGAAGUCGAUUCAGUCUCUUCCUUGUCUUCGGUGCUACCGUCGUCUUGCUCGGCCUUACCUCUUUUGUGGCGUGUAUGGCGGCGGAGAUUAAAAAAGCAAAGAAGAAAGACCUCAAGUUGGAUGGUAAGCUCUGCUAUCUGCCUGGAAGCAGGGCAUUUAUGUACGGGGUGAUAGCCUUGGUUUGUCUAUCAGCAGCACAAAUCAUCGGGAAUUUGGCAAUUUGCAAGAUCAUUUGGUCGAGGGAAAAGAGAAGCAGUUAUGGCAAGAAGAACCCGAUCGCUCCAACAGUUCUUUUGGUUUUAUCCUGGAUCAGCUACGGACUAGUGAUUCUAUUACUUACUGGAGCCACGAGUAUGAGCCGGAGGCAGGGUUAUGGGAAAGGAUGGCUAAGCGGGGAAUGCUACCUUGUGAAAGAUGGUGCAUAUAUAGUCUCAGGAGUAUUAGUCCUAGUCACAGUAGUUUUCAUUAUCAGUUCAGCCAUUAUAACGACUCGCGGAAUUCAGAACGAACAGCCUCAGAAGAUAUAAGCACCAGCAGCAUAAAAUGGAAGAGGUGUUACUGACCUGAGUAAGAUAACUUCUUUGUGUAGAGGACACGGCUGCCCUCUUCACAGAAGACGUCUCGAGCACAACCAGGAUGGAACGAGCAAACUUCAUUGUUGUGCUGGAGCUUCCAACUUGAACAGAAAGCCCUAUAUAGUGCUCCUGACAUAUGUAUCACGACCGAGUACUACACAGUCGUAAUAUGUACAAUAUAGAUUCUUCAUUUUGUAUUAGCUCUAGAACCAGGAGUGAACAAAGAAAUUUCUUGUAUACCCGUCAUCUAAAAACUCAACAUAACAAUGAGAUACACCCAUUCCCUAUAGCA